CAAAUCUCACACAUUUAUUUUCAUUGAUGGGUUGUGGAACCACCAAAAAGUGUUUGAAAUACAAACUAUUACAGAUCUCAGGGCCAAAUUCUGCCCUAAUUUAUGCAUGUGCAUCUGUCAUUGAUGUCCAUGACAUAAACGAGGUUAUAAAUUAGCUAUAUAUAUAUAUAGUCUGUCUAUCUUAUGUAUUAGGUGGGCUCUGAUCCUACAAACAUGAAAGACAUAACACAAAUCAUAGUUAAGCAUGUACAUAAGUAUUUGCAGCAUUUUAUAUGCUAAGAAUUGGGGCAAGUAAUUAAUGUGUUUGUGACUUUUGUUAUUAUUAUUAUUAAUUUAGUUCCAGUCUGUAAACAUACAAGAAUAUUUUUUGCUGGAUCACCCCUAUACAAUACGGCCAACUCUAAGUAGCAUUGCUACCUGUCCAGGUUUUCCCAGGAUCAUGACUUUUUUGAGGUAGCUGUCCUGGGAAAUCUGUAGGGGUACUCAGUAAACACCGCCAACUGUCCAGUUUUAUGGGUUGUCCAGUUUUAUGGAAGUCCUCUUUUUUUGUAUCUCAGAUAUGGCAACCGUAAAUUCAAACAUUAAAAAAUUAGGAGUCAGGACCCCCAUAAUGACAAUAUUGGUUAAAAAUAAUAAGAUUAAAAAAUAAUAAAUUUGGGGUUCUUUUUAUUUUUCUUUAGAUUUCUGAGGCUUUAAGGUAUAUAGGACUUGCUUAACUUUUUCAAGCUUUUCUCUGCACCCAGGGCUAGAAACAUACAUUUAUUUAUAUAUGUAUUUAUUUAAUGAAAGCUAUGAUUCUCAUGCAGUCUCUUGAUUCCAGUAGGUGAAGCUUCAGUAGAAACACCCAGUAUCUCAAGACUCACAAUAAAAUGAAGAAAGUUGGCAACACUGCUUAUAUAGUACCACAAUUGCAUAUCAUUUUACAAAAGUUUUACAAAACUCAUCACAUCUAGAAAUGAGCAAAAUGUAAUUACUCUGUUGUAGUGAUUUUAUGUGCACAAAUAUAUGACACCAGGUCAGAUAGGAUUAAAGCCAUUUAAACAUUUAAAGUGAAAUGAUGUACAUGAAAUAGCAACUCAAACUGUGUGGUCUAGGAAUAAAAUACCAUGUGUGUAUUCUAAUUCACUGUUUCUACUUAUAAUACUGUCACAGAUUACUCAGAAAGGAAGCAUGGCAAAUAAAAAUUCAUGUUUGUCAAAUGUGAAUGUACUUUAAAAGUUAAUUUCUGUUAAUUCUUCCCACAGAAUCUCCAGUUUAUAAUGAUGGAUUCUGGUCAUAUCAAAUACCUGCUGCAAAAGGCAGAUUUAAUUGAAAUAUAACUUUCACACGGGGAAUUUGGAAUAGUUAAUAAAUUAUUGCAUAUUUGGAUAUUGUGAAAGAAAUGAAGAGAAAUUUAAGUGACAAUUCAUCUCGUAGCACAGCAGAAUUAGGGUGGGAAAUUGCAAAGCCAGAGCUGGCUCAACUACAGAAAACAACAAACAGUGGCCAAAUAGAACCUUCUAUGGCUCCUUCUCUAUUGAAACAACAAAACACAUCAAAGCCUAAUAUAUCAAAUACUGGAAAGAACCUGAAUAUUUUGAGAGCAGAAGAAAAGAAUACCAAUGCUAAAGUUUGGAACAGAAAUGAGCAUAUGUCGCCAAGUAGCAGAAUCAAUUUGAUAUCUGAUAGUGGAAUCAUUCGAAAGUUUGAGAAUAUCUCAAAUAGUCUGAGAACUGUUCAGCAGCACAAACUACCUGACCAUCAUAAGGCAUCACAGCAUAUUGAGACAACUGUAACAGGACGAAUAUGUUCAUCCAAAGCACAAUGGCCAGUUAUAUCCAGCACCACAUCAAGAAGUCUACAGGAUCAUAGUCCAGCAUAUAAAUUUAAACAUAAUAUUCAACAAAAUAAAGUUAAUGAACAACAAUUUGAUCAUGUUCCAGAAGACAAAAUGAUUCAGAAAGUUCCAGCAUAUCAAUUAAAACUUAAAGAAAACGAUAAUUCUCUGCGAAUUAUAAGUGCAGUCAUUGAAAGUAUGAAGCAUUGGAGCCAGUAUACUUAUAAAACUGCACUAUUAUUUGAAGUGUUAGGCACACUUGAUUCUGCAGUCACACCUGGAGCAUAUGGAGCAAAAAGUUUUGUCUUGAGAGAUGGAAAGGAGAGUCUGCCAUGUGUAUUUUAUGAAAUUGAUCGUGAGCUUCCAAGACUAAUUAGAGGUCGAGUCCAUAGGUGCAUGGGCAACUAUGACACAAAAAGGAACAUCUUCAAGUGUGUGUCUGUAAGACCUGCAACUAUUGUAGAACAAAGAACUUUCCAAGAAUUUGUUAAAACUUCAGAUGUUGAGAUGAGAGAAUGUGUGAAAACAAUGAAUGAAGUUUAAAGUAAUGUUUAUUUAAGCAAUAAUUUAAAGUUGAGAUCACACUCCCGUUGAUCAACAAGCAUAAAUGCUGCACAUCUUGAGCAUUUACAAAAGCUCUUAUUAAAAGUAUUCUUUUAUUAAAUACUUGAAAGCACAAUUAUAGUAUGUGUUAUUUAAAAAUUAAAAUAAAAUUGUUCCGGUUUGUUUCUAC